CGACUCGCCAAGUGACAACUUGUUUGUGAGGUUAUGCUAUGUUUUUUGCAUUAUUGAUAAAUUAGAUAAUAAUAGUUAUAUUUAUACCUAAUAUAAUAGAAAUGUAUUUUAAAAUAUUUUUUUAAAAAGUGAUAUCGUUCUAAAGUACAGUCUAUUGUGGAGGUUAUAAAUUAUAUUAUUUUGGAUUUGAACUUUUAAGUUUUAGGCUUCUUCAAUAUUGCCAUGUCGUUAUCUCAGUGGAUGAAUGAAAGUUUAUCUACUCUUUUGGACUUCCCAGUACCAGAGGACAUGAUACAGUAUAUUUUGGGAAUUGAGAAUAGUCGAGAUCUUGAAGAUUAUUUGAAGACGUUAUUGGACUUCAAGAAUGAGAAACAUAAGAAAUUCUUCCAUGAACUUGUUCGUCGAAAGCAAAAAUCCAACAGUUCGCAAAGCGACACACAAGGAACAAAGAAGCUCGAUGACAUGAAAGAGUAUCUUCCUACCAAGUCAUCUGAGAAGAAAAAGAAAUCUACGAAAAAUGAAGAAUCACCCAAAGAGAUUAAAGAAAAUUCUGAGCCUUCAAGUGGAAGCGGAAAGAAAAAAUCGAAAUAUGUGAACAUCUAUUCCCCAGAAGGCCAGAAGAAAGACACGAUAUUGUUGAAAGGUAAUUAGACUUACUGUGAAUAAUAA